AACAGUCACUAGAUUUCAAAAUUAUCUCUCAACUCACAACUCACCUGUUUACUAGUCACACACUUUCUUCACUCCCCAGUCCUGCACUCCCCCCUAAAUACCUCUGCAACACACACUACACACACACAUUUUGAAUGAAGAACAAAUAAGCAUUUGGUCUCUAGAAAAGUAAAUUAUAGUCAAGAAACUUUCAAGAUUUCCAUGGCUUCCAUUUUUCUUCAAACCAUUUUCUUUUUUAUCUUUUACAUCACAAGCCCAUGUUUAUCUCUUUCUCAUAAAACUGAGCUUUCUGUGCUGAUGGACAUCAAGUCUUCUUUAGACCCAAGUAACAAGAUUUUGUUUUCUUGGUCAGUGAAUGCCACUGAUCCAUGCAAUGGCUCUUUUGAAGGCAUUGCUUGUGACCCAAGUGGUCAAGUUGUCAACAUUUCUUUACAGGGUAAAGGGCUUAAUGGUCAGAUACCACCUGAGAUUGGGUUGCUCAAGAGCUUAUCCGGGCUGUUCUUGCAUUUCAAUGAGCUUAAUGGAGUGGUUCCAAAAGAAAUAGCUAAUUUGACUGAGCUCUCUGAUUUGUAUCUUAAUGUUAAUAAUCUUUCUGGGGAGAUUCCUUCUGAGCUUGGGAACAUGUCCAAUCUUCAAGUUCUGCAACUCUGCUACAACAAGUUCACUGGAAGCAUACCUAUUCAGCUUCGAUAUCUGAGGAAGCUCACGGUUUUGGCUUUGCAAUACAAUCAAUUGACUGGAGCCAUACCUGCAAGUUUGGGUGAUUUGAUGCUUUUAAGAAGGCUGGAUUUGAGCUUUAAUUCCCUGUUUGGUUCAAUACCUGCAAAAGUAGCUGAUAUGCCGGUUUUAGAAGUUCUAGACAUUCGAAACAACACUCUAUCUGGCAGAGUGCCUCUAGCAUUAAAGAGACUCAAUGAAGGUUUCCAAUAUGCGAACAACUUGGGUUUGUGUGGAGUUGAGUUUUCUUCCUUAAAUGUUUGCAAACAUUCUGAUUCCCUCCACCCAAAGAAACCUGAACCUUUUGGGGCUGCGGCAAAGGGCCUUGCUUCCAAAGACCUACCCGAGUCUGCUGAUUUCAAACCAGGAUGCAGCCAGAAUAAUUGCUCAAAUCACUCUAAACAUUCACGUGUUGCUGCUUUAUGUGGAGUGAUUCUAUUUGUGUCAUUCAUAGUUGGUGGCCUCUUUACAUUCACAUGGUAUCGUCGACGGAAACAGAAAAUUGGGAGCGCUUUCGAAGCUUCUGAUAGUCGACUCAGUACUGACCAGAUUAAGGAAGUUUACAGGAGGAGUGCCUCUCCCCUCAUUAGCCUGGAGUACUCCAAUGGUUGGGAUCCUUUGGCUAAAGGUCCAAGCGGAAGUGGUUUCUCUCAGGAAAUGUUUGACAGUUUUAUGGUCAAUGUUGAUGAAAUUGAGUCUGCAACUCAGUACUUCUCCGAAGUAAAUUUGUUGGGGAAGAGCAGUUUCUCAACCAUAUAUAAAGGGAUGAUGAGAGAUGGGUCUAUUGUUGCUAUUAAAUGCAUUGCCAAGACAAGCUGCAAGUCAGACGAAGCCGAAUUCCUGAAAGGUUUAAAAAUUCUGACUUUACUGAAACACGAGUGUCUCCUUGGCUUAAGAGGCAUAUGCUGUUCAAAAGGAAGAGGAGAGUGCUUUCUCGUCUAUGAUUUUGCUCCAAAUGGUGAUCUAUCUCAGUACCUUGAUGUUAAGGAUAACAAGCGAAAGGUUCUUGAAUGGUCUACAAGAGUUUCAAUUAUUAAAGGCAUCGCCAAAGGUAUCGGAUAUCUGCAUGUAAGCAAAGGCAGCAAACCUGCAAUAAUUCACCAAAAUCUAUCAGCUGAGAAAGUGCUAAUUGACCUACAAUACAAUCCAUUACUCUCAGAUUCUGGUAUCCAGAAAUUGCUUGCAGAUGAUAUUUUCUUUUCCACACUUAAAGCUAGUGCUGCGAAGGGAUAUCUGGCCCCCGAGUACACAACAACAGGGCGAUUCACUGACAAGAGUGAUGUAUAUGCAUAUGGCAUGAUUAUACUCCAGAUUCUCUCUGGAAAGCGGAUGAUCAGCCAGUCAAUUCGUCAAGGAGCAGAGUUGGGCAGACUAGAAGAUUUUAUGGAUGCAAACCUUGAGGGGAAGUAUAUAGAGUCUGAGGUAAUGAAGCUGGCAAAAAUUGCUUUGCUCUGCACACACGAAUCUCCCAUCCACAGGCCAGACAUCGAAACUGUAUUGCAGGAUUUAACAGGUGUGGCCUCCUAAUCUGCAAAACAUCUUGCUUUGCGGGUUUGGCAGCUGCAAAUUUCGCUGAUGCUUCUAGAUGGCUGAUUUUGUUCUAAAAAGAAAAUGUUCUAAAAUGACAGAAUGUAGACGUGACAGUAGUAGCCUUCUGUUCCGUAGUUUCGAAAGGCUGUAGAAGUAAUCUGGUGAAUAAUGUUCACUCCCCACAAUCCAAAACAGUAUGAUGGAAGCCUGGGGAAGGUGUACUAAUUUCCUUCGAAUUCCAGUUGCAAUUUUAGAUUUUAGAUUAGCCAUGUCUUAGUUGAACUCACCUUCCUGUUUGUAAUUUUGUAUUCUAUGAAUGAUUUGCAGGCCCUAACUAGAAGAUAGUUAAUUUCAA